AUGGCUGAAUCCGCAGCUGCUGCUCAAGCAGUCAUGGAAGUGGCUGCUUCUCAGGAAGGAACGACGGAUGCGGUGGUUGUGGUUGAUGGUGCUGAGGCACCGACGGCAGAAGCUGCUGAAGCAGCAGUGGAGACAAUCGAAGCUUCUGCGGAAGCGCUGGCGCCUGCUGAGGAUGCGAUCCCUGCUUCGCAGCCUCGGACGCCUGAGGUAGCGACCUGUCGGCGCUGCCAGCAAGAGAUCCAAGUGAAGGACGCCAUCUGCACGGCGAAAUUUCGUCUGGAGUUGCGUUACACUUGCCAUCCCUGUCACGCGGUGUUGUCGCAACUCCAGAGGCGCGGUGUCGACAUCAAAGAAGUCCUCACCGAAGGCGCUGCAGUCACGUUCUUUCAGGACGCAAAGAAUGAGCGUGCCAACGGCAUGGAAGGUCGUCUGUGCUACGCACAGUCCCGUGCGUUGCUGGUGCAAAAGAUGGUUGAAUCCACAACCCACUUGGAGAAGAAUGGCAGUGAAGGAGAGUACCAACCGCUAUCACAUUGGAUGCUGCGGGGAUACGACUGCGAUCGUAUCGAGGCGCUGGCUGAGCGCCGGGAGCAUCCCAUCCUCGGCCCAACGUUCCGGGUUGACAUCGAUAAGAUGUCUACGGAACAAAUUCGAGCCAUUACGGAGGAACGGUUGCUGAACAUCGAGAGCCAGGCCCGUGAGCGACAGCAGCAAAGGGCGGCUGUUGGCGAUGGCAGCAGUGCGGCGGCACGAGCAUUGCCUGACUUAGGGGUCGAAGUGGAGCAUGUUGCUGCUGCGGCAGAGAAAAAGCGCAAAUCCCCUGAGGAAAAGCAAGCGGCUUCUGCUGCGGCUAAGGCCCAAAGACAGGAAGAGAAGAAACGGCAGAAACUGGAGCGUGUCGCUACCUCCGCUGCUGCCAAAGUGUUACCACAGCUGAAGAAAUGUUAUGACAAGCUCAAUGAGGUGCUGGACAAAGUUAGCACAUGUGGAGCGGGCCUGCCGGAGGCAAGCGCGGAACAUGUGCAGAAGACAAAAGCAACCUUGGAAGAGACGGUGAAGCAUGCCACCCACAUGCUCGCAGCAGCCGCCAAGGGACAAGAUCUGAACCUUGGAACCGACGUCCUGAAGACAGAAAAAGGUUUGAAUGACAUUCUCAAAGAAGGAAAUGCAGCCAUUCGAUCACUGCAGUUCUAUAUCCGUGAGACAAAGGAGAGUGCCAAAGCCGCAAAGGCUCAGGGCGGCGCUGCGAAGGGAAAGGCAAAGGUCGGCGGCCCCCGCUGUGUCAGGAUGACCAUCCUGUGUGCGCUCACUGUGGCACGUGCAACGGCCAUAGCCUUGCAGAACCAAUGCAGUGGGAAAGAAGAUAUCGAACGGAUCGCUGAUGCGCUAGAAAAUCUGAAAGAAGUGCUGGCGCAGAUCCAUGUCAGUGAGGCAUAUGCUGAGCAUGUGUCCAUGACGAAGUUUUGUGAUCGCGUUCUCUGGUCGACCCGAGGGUUGCUGCUGCACUGGGAAGUGACGACCACGUCCCUGCAAGAACUGCCUGUGAAGAAAAUGCCAGCUUUGGAAAAAAAUCCCGUUUGGAGGAUCACGCAUCCGAACCGGGAGAGGUACUUGAGCGAAGUCUCCGCGGGAGUCAACUUCCUGCUGGCUCAGCAGGAAACAUUGACAGGGGAGCCUUGGGAUUGGCUUUUCCACUUUGUUCAUCAGUUAGAGUAUAGCAAAGACGUGGCUGCGGCCAUGGCCCGAUUCAGUGAAAAUAGUAUCGCCAAGAUACAAGGUUGGCUGAAUGGAAAAGCUUGCAACCAGAAGAAGUCUGGCGCACUGAAACGAAAAAUGAGUGCAGCCUUGAGUCCUUAUCGUGCUUGCUACAAAGAAGUUGCUGUGUGCGAGAAAGCAACGGGGCAAAAGAACAUAAUAUUCUAUAUGGCAGACGUGCGGCGUUUGCUUCGCUUGUUUGCCUCUGAAUGUCCUUCGUUUGCUUCUUUGCUGCGAAGCCCGGCAUCGCGAAAGUUCGAGGUGUUUCUUGGACACGACGAAGCGACUGCGGGAAAUGUUCUCAAUCCGCAGCAACGAAUGAAAACUUUGUUGGUGUAUUUUACGCUGAGGCCGCUGUCGCAGUACUUCGAAACUGCGCGAGCAUGGAUGCCUUUGGCGGCAAUCACCCACGAACAAAUCCAGCGGUGUCCUGGCGGCCUGAGUGCCAUCACGGCCUGCAUUGUCGAAGAGUGGCUGGAUCAGAACUUAGUUAGCGACUUUGUAGUCGCAGACGGUGUGCCGCCCAUGUCGCUGGCAAUCACAGGAUUCAUCAGUGAUAUGGAAAGUCAACGGGGCGCUUUCGCAGCCAAGGGAAGCGCAGCAUUGAAGCCGUGCAUCCACUGCGGAAAUUGUCUCAUGAAAGGCGCACAAGGCGCUGAGGUGUCGGAAAAUUUCUGCACAAUCGAAGAGCAUGACCUUGCUCUGUUUGUUGCGAAUGAUGCACGCGACGUUGAGAAUUACAUUGUCCACUGGAUAAACCAAAUCCCAAACGUGAGCAAGGCGGAAGUGGAACUGAGACAGAAAUGCUUGGGAUUCCAACUUGAUCCGAACAGCAUCUGGUCUUAUCCCCGGGCUCGCAGCAUCUGCCACAUUGGCAUUGCGAUCAACGAUGCAAUGCAUGCCUAUUGGGCAAAUGGUAUUUGCAAUUCAGAAAUUGCAUUGGUGGUCAAUGCUGUGAAGCGGCAUACCCAUAUAGAUGUGAGUCAUCUCUGUGAUGCCAUGGUCAGUGCAAACUGGAAAAGACAUAAGCCAGACGAAAAUAAGCAUUGGUGCAAGCGUCUGUGGACGCCUGCUUUGUUCGGGGAGCACGAAUACAAGGGAUCCGCCACGCAGUGCCAUGCGUUGAUGGCCCUUAUGAGGUGGUACUGUGAGACCCUCUGGAUUCACAUCCCAUGCUUGCGCGCAAUCGCUGAGUGCUUCUUGGCGUUGGCGCGCUGCACUGAUGCUUUGCGCCAAGGCAAAAAGACACACGACUGGUCUGAUCUGGAUAAAGCCCAGUCAGACCAUCACAAGCUUUUUGCCACGGUGCAUCCUGGUCUCAUGAGACCCAAACACCACCACCGCUUGCAUCUGAGCAACCACUACCGCAAACACCAUGUCAGCAUCAAUUGUUGGGGCAUUGAACAAUCCCACCAAAACUACAAGACCAUAUACGCUGACAACUUGCAACAGUUCCUUCGAGCUGACAACGGAGGAAAGGCAUACAGCCAGCAGCUCAUGCCACGCCUGCUGCUUCGUUCGCUGCAGCUGUGCCGAGAACAUCCGUUCGAGAGCGGAGAUUUCACACUGGUUUCUCCGUUUGCAACGGCAGAAGUCGAAGCCAGUACUGGAUUACAAGGCACGCAAAUCAGUCGCAGUUGCCGCCUGCGACUCGGGGGCCUCUCCUUGUUGGGACUGCAGCGGCAGCAGAAGCGUGCCAGACUGCGUGCGAAAAAUGUCGCGGAUGAUUUCGACCCUGAGCUGGCCUCGAAGAGUGUGCAGCUUUUGGUCUCUGCUUUUCAGGAUGUGGAAACAUUAGCACCCCGCAGCGAAGGUGCGUGGAUGGUGGAAUUGGGCUUUCACACUAGACUAGAUUAUGGCUCUCGGCCCGCAUGGACAAGUGGCUUGGAGCGUGGCACGGCGCAUGCUGGCCUGAAGAAUUUAGGGAACAGCUGCUGGCUCAAUGCCGUGUUGCAAUGUUUUCGGUGGACUCGCUCGCUGUACAAUGCUUUCACUACUCGGUUGAUGGAAUGCGAAGAAUCGAUUCUGGGAUCGUUGGUGCAAGAUGUUUUGCAGAAACUUGCAAGCGACGACUGGGAUUACGUUGCACCAUUUGCUUUGCUCAAUCAACUGUAUGCAACCUACCAAGGAAGAUUUCGACCUGGUGAGAGCGCAGAUGCAGCAGAAGCUUGUCGCGUGCUGUUAGACCGGUGUGUCUACGGCAGUGAUAUUGUACAUUUACUGCCUACAUCCAUUGCACUCGCUCGGCGCGGCGUCACUCUCACGGAGUUGACGCGUGAGCAUUUUGCAACAUGCCGGCCGAGCAGUGAUGUUGUCAUUUUGGAAGUGGCGCCCGUCGAUGGCGGCCGGAUGAAUUGGUCGCAGUUGUUGGUGACACCGCCCGCUGGUGAGGGCAACAACUACCUCUACACCGUUUCCGGCUUUGUGGCGCAUGUCUCUGGAGAUCAUUUUGUGGCGUAUGUGCGCGCCCACAACCAAUGGCUACUAUGCAAUGAUGCAACGGUCAGCGUCGUCUCUGUUCUGGGACCUGUAUGGCCUUGUCUCAUUGUUUUGGAGAGAUUACGCCGGCAGCAGCUGGCGCGGCCUGCGCGCCAGGCGCCGCCUGCGGGCAGCGACUGCCUCUGUCGCUUGCCUCGGUUGUUGCAGGAAACUGUAGCGCCUGGGCCUGAUGCUCCUGGGGUGCGUGCGGCGGGAGCGCCGCCUGGGACUGCUGCUGCCAUGGCUGUUGGCUCGCGCCUUGGGCGCUUUGCAGCGGCGCUGCAGCGCAAGCGUCGAGAAGCCAGUUGCGCUCGUGCAGGUCAGCUCGGAUGGGAGCGUUCUAUUGCUCAUUGCAUCGAUGGGUUUCAUUGA